AUGCUGGAGCGCUCCGACAGCGAAGCCCUCAACACGAUUCCAGACCCUCGGGCAGCUACGCCACAGCCCACCUUCACGCGCAACAACUCGACCGACUCCACCAUGCAUCCCGACCUAAGCCAGGAAGUCGCAACCCUCAGCACGAAGCUGAUUGAUGCCAUCAACCAUCAGACCAAGCUGGACGACAGCCUGCAGCAAACGCGCCAUGAGCUAGAGACGGCACGGACAAGGCUGGCGCAGUUGGAGUUGCAGGUCAAGGUUCACGAGCAAAAGGUUGCCCAAGGCCUCCUGGUCGAGAAGGAGGUGUACGACAAGAUGGAGAAGCAAUUAUCCAGCGACCUGAAUGAGGAGAGGCGGAGACGGAUAGAUGCGGAAAAGGCGAAGAAGAAGACCGACAACGAGGUUGAGACCUUGACCACGGCGCUCUUCGAGGAAGCCAAUGGGAUGGUAGCAGCCGCGCGAAAGGAAACCGAGGCGUCCGAGAAACGCAACGACCAGCUCAAGCAGCAGCUCAACGAUGCGGAAACGCUCCAAGCCAACAUGCAGGAGCAACUGCAGGAUCUCAAGGGUGUCUUGGAGAAGAUGAGCGCGCAUGGCGACGACGAGAGCAACACACUGCCGACGACCACGGCGCCUUCAACACCUGGAAUCACCCCCGCCGACAAGAUGAGCAAAAUGUUCGAGACAAACGGCCAAGCACCAAACACGCCUGGUUCCGACGAAAUCUCCCCCAACCAUCCUCUGCAUUUCACGCACCUCGUCCACCCUAUUCUCCGAUCCGAUCUUACAUCCAUCAAAGAAUUCGAGGAGAUGCUCAAGGUCAGCUCUCGAUCUGCACCCAACAGCCGUGUCUCAAGUGGCAAUUACGGCAGUCUCAACGUUUUAGGGUUAGGAAAUUUCACCAACAGCUCUACCAGUUCUCUACCCAUAGCAAAGUCGCCCAACUCUGUAGGCACAAACUCACCGCGUGAGUCUCUUAGCGGAGCAGCCAAUCUCAAGGACGAGCGAUUCUACAAGCGAUCUUUGUCUGAGGACAUUGAGCCAACCCUGCGUCUGGAUAUUGCACCUGGACUCUCUUGGAUGGCUCGCCGCACGGUGCUGAAUAGUAUUACAUCUGGUUCGCUUGUGGUCGAGCCGGCUCCUCCACCACCCAAAUUCCGGGGCGCAAUCUUCCCUUGCUCACUUUGUGGAGAGGUCAGAAAAGGCGACGAAUAUGCUAGGAAAUUCAGAUUCAAGUCCUCCGAGACUGACGACACGCGGCAUCCGCUGUGCGAUUGGUGUCUCGGAAGGGUUCGGAGCACCUGUGACUACAUCAGCUUCCUGCGAAUGGUCGCUGCGGGACACUGGAGAGCAGAGAGCGAGGACGAAAAGAAAGCAGCUUGGGAGGAGAGCGUCCGUCUACGAGAGCGUAUGUUCUGGUCACGGAUUGGCGGCGGUGUGAUACCAGCGUUCGUCGCGAGUCGGGACAGUCCGCGGAGCCCAACAUUUGCGAACGGAACCAGCAACCGGGAUGCAACUAGAACAAGCGAGGAGAGCCAGCUUUCCAACAAGCCUUUGGACUCUGCAGUCGACAUGACGGAACCAACAGACGUAAUGCGAAAGAGUGAGGACGACCCAUUCCUUCAGUCAACAGGCGAAGAGAAGGUGAAAAGGGUGUCAAUCGGCAAGACGAUCAUCUCCACCGAGCCCGCGCCGAUUGAGUCUUUGACGGAGGACGAAGAGAAGAAAAUCGAAGAUGAGGCAGAGGCCCAGCUCCACGAGGAAGUACUCAAGUCUAUGGAUGCCAAAGCAGCAGAGAGCGAGCCGCAACAACAGCAACGGCCAUUUUCGAUGCCACCCUCCUCUGAACCCUCGUCGAAGAAGAAGGAUGAGCGACUCAGCUUGACCAUUCCCGGGUCGUUCGAUUAG